UGAGUGUUCUCGGUAUCUGGCCGUUAAAGGACAACAUUUUUCGGUCUUCAUUUAAGCUGUUCACUUUCAUGAGUAUCUGUGUGUCGGGCACGGGGCUAGUAACCAUAGAUGGCUUUCAACAAACGAAACUAUCAAGGAUUUUCGUUAAUGCAUUAUACUCCGCUAAUGGCUUACUUACAUUGUUAAAGGCAGUGAUUCUAUACAAGAAAUCCCAUCAAAUCGAAAUAUUCUUACUAAAGAUGGAUGAAAUAUCUUUUUUCUCAGCACUAGAUGAAAGAGUUAAUAACUAAACGAAUUGAACGCCUACGAAAACUACUCUGCGUCCUAUUUUCAUCAGUUGUAGUCGCGAUAUUCGUUGAGCCAUUGCUCACUCGCAAAAUCACAGAAACUCGUCCUAUUCCUAUCUGGUAUCCUUUCGAGUGGGAGAGGAAAUUGUAUCUGUCUCUGACCCUAUACUUAUAUGAAAUUGCAGUUACUAUUUCCUUACUAAUUAUCAUAGUAUCUAUAGACACGUUUGUUGGGAGUGUUCUUCUAAUAAUUGGUGGUCAGCUGGAGUCCUUAGGAUAUCGAUUGAAAAGCUUGUCAACCGAUAAUGGAAGUAUCUGGCGAAUGCAGUUCAAAAACUGUGCUGAAGACUAUUACCAAAUAUACCAAUUAUGCAAAAAAUUUGAAGAGAUUUUCUCAACGAUGAUAUCCUUUCAAGCCAUGUUCAGCUGCUUAAUGAUAUGCUUGAGCGGAUAUGCACUUAUUCGGGCCGAAACUUCCGAAGAUUCCAUGCGCUUCUUCUUGUUUUUCCUGUGUAUGCCCUAUCAAGUAUUCUUUCCAUGCUUUGCAGGAAAUCAGGUUGCAGAAAAGUCAGAGAAGCUCCUAUUUUAUCUAUACUCCUCUAAUUGGCCGGAAAUUGAUACACGUUACAAAAAGAUGCUGCUACUUUUUAGCAUCAAAUUAAAUCGUCCGAUUAUUAUAAGAUUCGGAUUCAUCAAGCAACUACGACUAAGGACAUUCACGGAGGUCGUGGAUAUUUCAUACAAAAUAUACGCCGUACUUCAACAUGCGCAAAAAUAGGGAAAAUGGACAAUUUGUAUUUGCUUCAGAUGGGUAGAUUUAUAGUACACUAUCUAAUUAGAAAUUGAAUAGAAAGGCUUUCCAUUGUAUUUACAUAACCAUAACAUAAGAAAACCGUAAGGACAUAUUUACAAUGCACAUAAUGAAAUGUCACUUAACGCAAGGCACUCAGUGCAAGACUACUUAAGAUUGAUGCUCUCUCUCCGGAGUUCUGGCAGUUGUCCGAGGUGUCACGUUCUUCUUUUCCCGUUAAUUAACUGUCAAUCUUUGUAGACCUUGCCAACCC